AUGGACGCCCCCAUCUCAUCGCCCAUCGCUGCCCACCACAGCACGUCGUCGACAGCCUCGUCCACGUCGAUGCAAUCAUCGCCGUCACAGCAGUUCGCCGCGCCCGCGCCGCCGCGCCCUCAGCCGCGGCAGCAGGCGAGCACAGACGUCUUCAUCCGCGAUCUCAACCUAGUGGCCGAGGCCGCGAAACGGGCCCAGAUGGCCUGCCUGAUGCGGGACAUGGAGAGCUGCGGGCUGUCAUAG